CCGUCCGCACGCGCCACCCGCUCCGCUCCGACUCCGCGCCACCCACCUACCUUCCUCACGCCACCUCCGCGUCUAUCGCGACGACGUACACCCGCUCCCGACUUACUUCUCCGUCUGACCGUGCUUCUCCGCCCCGCCACCGUCGUCGGCCUUAUCUCUGCCCCGCGCCCCGAAUGGCUGACUCACCCCGGCAGAUCUGGUCGCUCAAGAAGGAGCAGGAGGCGGCGAACAAGACCAAGCCCAAGGUCUCGGCCGCGGAACUGCGCGUUAAAAAGGACAUGAAUGAGCUCGACCUGCCAGCAGGCGUAAAGAUGGAGCUGGGGCCGGGAGGCAACAUGCUCGACUUUACGCUCUCUAUUGCACCAGACGAGGGUUUCUACAAGGGCGGCCAGUUCAACUUCACGUUCAGGAUCAACCCCAACUACCCUCACGAGCCACCCAAGGUGCGGUGUACACAGAAGAUCUACCACCCGAACCUCGACCUCGACGGUAACGUGUGCUUGAACAUUUUGCGCGAGGAGUGGAAGCCCGUGCUCUCUCUCAACUCCGUCAUCAUUGGCCUCCAGUUCCUCUUCCUCGAGCCCAACCCGGACGACCCGCUCAACAAAGAAGCGGCCGAAGAUCUGCGCCGUAACCGAGACUCCUUCGCCAACACUGUCAAGAUGACGAUGCGCGGCGGCAGCGUACGCGGGCAAACAUUUGACAAGGUUCAGAUCAAGUAG